AUAAUUCUGUAGAGGUGAAAAUGUAAUUAAACUUAAUAUCUCUUGCUAUAAAGUCCAACCUCAAGGAGAACCCAGAAAAGGCAAAGACGUUCUUGAUUUCAGCUCGUGCUUCUGUUUCCGCCGUAACAUGCCAGGUGGCAACCCUCACUCUUCCGCCGCCGCCCACUCCCACCACCGCAAAUCCCGCUGGGAGUCAUCCUCCUCCACCUCCGCCGCCGCCGCGGCCCACAAACCCUCUGCCACCAAACCCGCCCCCAACCCCACUACCAAUCCACCACCACACAACAAAGAUCCAAACAACAAAGCUCCGGCACAAAAGCCCAAGCCCAGGCCGGAAAACCCAUCUCCGAGGCCCGAAAACCCCAACUCCAUUUCCGGGCCGAGGCCCGUUUUCCCUUUCACCGAUCCGCCUCCGCCCCCAUCUUACGGCUUCCACAUGCUCGACCGCCGGAGCAUAGUCCUCGCAGAUGGCUCCGUCAGGUCGUACUUCGCCCUGCCCCCAGAUUACGAUAAUUUUACCCACAUGCCACUCCCCGGUUUGCGGCCCGAAUUCCGCGGCCCGCAUGAAUUCACACUCGAGAGGCCCCCAUUCCCAAUGAGCCCCGGAUUUCCGGGUCAAGAAUCCAGGACCCGUAACCCGGAUAAUUGGAAUGCAGGCGCCGAGAGCUCGUUAAAGCGAAAGUUCGGCGAAGACGAAAGGGGAUUGAGGGAAGAUGGAUUCGAGAGACAAAGGCAACAGCUCUUACAAUACGGAAAUGCAAACGGGCCCGGCCCGAGUAGUGGGUAUAGUUUGGGUAGAGGCGAUGAAAUGAGAGCCCCUAAGAAUAUGAGGUUCAUUGAGGGAAAUGGCAAGAAGAUUAAGCAUAGUGAGCUCGAUCAAAACGCGAUAAACAAGGCGUUUUUGCAUUUCUUGAAGUUGGUUUUCGAGACUUCGAGCCAUAGGAAGAACUAUUUGGCGGACGGAAAACAAGGGCCGCUGUCGUGUUUAGCCUGCAGCAGGUCGUCGAAAGAAUUUCCCGACACACACAGUCUAAUCUUGCACGCGUACAACUCAGACAAUGCUGCUGCGGAAUCAAUAGUCGAUCACUUAGGCUUUCACAAGGCUCUGUGCGUUCUGAUUGGCUGGAAUUAUUCGAUGCCGCCCGAUAACUCGAAAGCCUACCAGAAAAUAUCUGCUAAAGAAGCAGAAUCGAAUUUGGAUGAUCUGGUUAUGUGGCCGCCUUCCGUUUUAAUUCAUAACACAAUCACUGCAAAAGGUAGAGACGGUCGUAUGGAAGGUAUAGGAAACAGAGCUAUGGAUAGUGUUCUUAGAGAUAUUGGAUGUGCUAACGGCAAGUCAAUGUCGUUGUAUUCGAGAGAAGGCCAUUUGGGCACUCACAUAGUGAGAUUCUCAGGCAACGAAACGGGCUUGAAGGAGGCUUUAGGCCUGGCCCGUUAUUUCGAGAGGGAGAACCGCGGGCGCAGGGAGUGGGCCCGCGUGCAGCCCUCGACACUCGGUAAGGAUGACGAGACCAAUCCGAACCUUGUGAAAGUUGACCCCAGAACUGGUGACAAAAAGAGAAUAUUCUACGGGCAUCUAGCCACCGUUGCUGACCUGGACAAGGUCACGUUCGAGAUCAAGAAGAAGGUCUCCAUUGUUAGCGUAAGGGAUAUCUUGCAAUCGAAAUAAACUGUUUUUUUUCUUCAUAUAAUACCGAUUUAUAUGUGAAUUUUUUUGGAUGAAUCGAGUGGGAUUAUUUUGAAUUGUAUCAUCACCUUCGAUUCAUCCUGAGUUUCUUUUUUUUUUCCUUUAAUGAAACUAUAUAUUUACUUGUGGAAUGUUUUUUUUUAAGCUUAAGAUGAGAAAAUAUAUAGUG